GUUGUUAUAGAUUCUGUGGUAAAAAAUAGUAUCGAAGUAUUGCCAAAACACCAUCAGAUAAUAAAUGAAAUAAAGAAAGAAGGAUAUCAAGUGAUUGGUUAUUGCAGAAAAUCCGUUGGGAAUACAGAAAACAGAGUCAGUUGCUUACAAAGGAUGAUAGAUAUAUUGUACAAAAAAUCAUUAGUGGGUAAAGUCCUUAGUACAGCGAAGCAAAUGUUUCCAAAGCGCGAUGUGAGAGAUGUAAACCAGAUCUUGUCACAAUUGAAUAACGCUCAUGGAAGCACAGUAGAUUUUUUGGAGUUUUUAAACAACAGCCCAAAAAUAUGCGUUAUAUCAAUUGAUUAUGCUGGCUUCACCACUAACCAUACAGAUCUUGAAUAAUUAUGAAGGUAACAAAGAGCGUAAAUUCUAAAAUAGUAAUAAACUUACAAAAAUUUUGUAUCCAGAAACAACUCAAGCCUACAAAAAGUAUUUAUUGGUCAAUUCUUUUAUGAAAAUCAGUUUAAGUAUUUCAAUAGUGUCCAGUUGCUGAACA